AUGAACGUUCUGUUUGCCUUGUCUGCUCUCUUCGCUACCUCCACGGCCUUGGUCGCCCAACAAAGAAUUGUUGGCGGCGUCGAAGCUGCAGUUGGCCAGCACUUGUACGUAUGCGGACUUCGCAGAACCAAGUCGGGGACUUCUCUGUGCGGCUCCAGUUUGAUCGCCCCCAACGUCGUCUUGACCGCCGCCCACUGCACCAGAAAUGACCGCAAGUUUGUGUCGAUCGGGUCACAUUUCAGGUCCGGCAUCAGCGAUGGCGAACGCAUCAAAGUCAAGCAAUUCAUCAAACACCCUAAGCACAACAACGUGACCAACAGCUAUGACUUUGCCAUCUUGAUCUUGGAAGAACCGUCCAAAUUCCCUCCGGUCCAGGUCUCGUUCGACACAGUGGCGCCUGGCACCCCUACGAUUUUGCGCGGGUGGGGUCGUAAGUCUUCUGGCGGACCUUCUUCCCUAUUUCUAAUGGAAGUCGGUGUUGAUACCAUCAGCAACGACCAAUGCGCAAAGCUGUUGACCGGAUACACCGUGAGCGAAGCCAUGCUGUGUGCGGGUGGCGAGUUGGGCGAAGAUUCGUGCCAAGGCGACUCUGGUGGACCAUUGACGGUCGAAUCGAACGGGUCUGUCAAGUUGGUGGGUGUGAUCAGCUGGGGCCUCAAAUGUGCCCAGAAGGACAAGCCUGCGGUUUAUAGCCGCAUCUCCAUCGCCCGCGACUUCAUUGAACCCUUCAUCACCACGUCCCCCACCGCUGUCCCUAUCACCACCAAGCCUUCUGCUGCCCCCACGGCCUCCCCUGUUACCAGCAAGACCCCUCCUGCGGCCCCGAUUACCACGAGCCCUACCGUGGCUCCUAUCACCACUGACAAAGUACCUACGGUGGCCCCCACAGUCGCCCCUACGACUGUCUCGCCGUCCAAGUGCAAUGGCUGCUCUACGUGCUUCUACCCUAUCCUAAACCACUGCUUCCCCCCUGCGUACUCCAAGUCGACCUGUGCGACGUUCGCGAGCUUGGGAGCGUUUUGGUGCGGCAACUAG